GCGUUCGAUUACGAAUCGAUUAACUUUGCGGUGGUUCUGUGGGAUUUUUUUAGACGAGUUUUGUGGGAUUUUAGUGCGCAUCCAUCCUGUUCCUCAGGUGUGCGUGUAGGUUGGAUCGGGCGGCCAUGAUCAGGUCUAAGUGCCACUGCUAGGUGGCCAUGGGCUCGAAGACGUGGAUGAGCGGCGGCGGCGGGAGGCGCGGCUCCCCCGGCGGCGCGCCCGCCAUCGCUGCCGUCGUCGGACGGGAGAGCGGCGCGUGAUGAAAGUCAGUGGGAGGAUGCUGAAGCCCAUACUUGUUAGUGGGCCUUGGCCUAACAGCGCUAUGGCCUAUGAGUGAUCACCGGCCCAUACAGAUACAGCCCAGCACUAUACAACCCGCCGCCGCCGAAUCUUCUUCCUUCCAGCGUAAGCCUGAUGAUUUGGCUCAAUAAUUAGCGGCAACCAGCUCCAUUUUUUUUUUCUCACUCGGCUCCAGUUUCCCUCGCACAACCCCCCCAAAGCAAACCCCCCCCAAUUCCAAUUCUCCCCAUCUCUCCCCCUCCCCCGAUCGCAGGCGAUCGGCGGCGGCGGCGGCCUGCCGAUGGCGCUUUACCGCUCCCGGCUCGAGAUCGACUGGGAUGAGGUGUUCAGCCCCUACUGCCCUGACCGCGACGGGAACAACGUCGACUGCGAGUCACCUUCCGACGUCCGCUUCGAGUACCCUUCGUCGGCGCCGCACGCCGGGGCGGCGGCGGAGCGGCCGCGGGCGGGGCCCACCGCGAGGGCGUCGUCGGACGACGACAAGCGGCGUGGGACCCCCAGCUCCAACCAGAGGUUCCCGGGGAUGCGCAGCGACCCCGGCCGGCGCGUGGGUGGGCGCAGCCGCAGCGCGCUGGUGGAUGUCGGGGCGCGCCGCCCACUGACACGCGCGGCCGCGAAGAUAAGGUGGAUGAGGAUGGGGAAGAUGUGGGUCGCAAGUACUGUUUGAAGUCAUCUCCCGAUUUAGAUAGAAAGAAUAAAUAUGGCCAGCUACCUAUGAUUAAACGCCAAAGCCAAAGGACUAUAUCUGUGGAUAAGAUGUACAAACGCCAACCAUGUUCAACACCUGUUUCUGGGAACCUACAGAGGGUUCAUGCCAUUGAUCCAGAUGAGUCUGAUAAUGGAAAAUGUCAGCAGAGUGAAAAUUCCAGUUUCAGUAGAUUUACUAAGAGGAGGAAGGAACAGCUUCAGGCUUCAUCUUCUGUUUAUUCUCGAAAGGUUCAAGAUGUGGUUCUAUUGGACGAUGAAGAUAUGCAAACUGAGGGAGAAGUAAACUGUGAGAUGUCUGGCAGGCGGAAUGAACCAAAGAUCUACUACCCAUCAAGAGAUGAUCCAGAAGCUGUGGAGCUCACGGGCUCUGAUAUUAACUGUCUUGACCCUGGAGCAUUUUUGUCGUCACCGGUGAUAAACUACUACAUCCAGAACAUAAAAAGGAACAUAUUGUGCAGUGAUGAUUGCAGAGACAAAUUCUACAUAUUUAACACGUAUUUUUAUGGAAAGCUUGAAGAAGCAUUGUAUCGGCGGGGUGACUUCUCAAAGUUGAGAAGAUGGUGGAAAGGUGUUAAUAUAUUCCAUAGAGCAUAUAUCAUCUUGCCGAUCCAUGGGAUGGCUCACUGGAGCUUGGUAAUCAUUUGCAUGCCAGCAAAAGAGAGUAUUUCAGGUCCAAUCAUACUUCAUCUGGACUCCCUAGGGAUGCAUCACAGUACCAAGAUCUUGGACACAGUUGGGAGAUACCUUGAAGAAGAAUGGCGGUACUUAAAGAAGAAUCCUUCUCCUGACACAUCAGUUUUGGAUGCAACAUGGGAGGAUCUUCCAAGUAAUAUACACAAGGCAAAAGUCCAGGUUCCGCAACAGAAUAAUGCGUACGACUGUGGCAUCUUCAUGCUUUAUUAUAUUGAAAGGUUUAUAAGAGAGGCACCAGAAAGGUUCACGAUAGAUAAACUUGGCAUGUUUAGCUGCAGUUGGUUCAACCCUGAAGAUGCUUCUGAUUUAAGGAAGAGAAUAAGAGCGCUACUGCUGGAAGAGUUUGAAAGUGCCAGGCUGGAUAAUGUUAUGUCAGACGGAGCUGCAUCCGAUGGCUCUUCUAUUGAAGAUAGCAUAAAGGGUGGAGAAUCGGAAGGAGAUGCACCUUCUGACAGUUCAGAAAUGGCCGUAGAUUUUGGAAACACCGGCAAGAGCAGUGAAGGCAUCAAGGUUGCAGCCUCAGAGGAGGAAUGUGGAGUGUCAGCAGAUGCUGGUAAGAGUAACGAAGGCAUCAAGUUUGCAGAAUCAGAAGAAGCAAGUGGAGAGUCUGGAGAUGCUGGUAUGAGUAUUGAAGGCAUCAAGUUUGCAAAUUCGGAAGAAGCAACUGGGGAGUCUGGAGACGCUGGUAAGAGUAUUGAAGGAUAUGUUGCAGAAUCAGAAGAAGAAAGUGGGGACUCGGGAGACGCUUGGAAGAGUAUUGAAGGCAUUAAUGCUUCAGAACCAGUAGAAGCAAGUGUAGAGUUUGGAGAUGCUGGUAAGGGUAUUGAAGUUAUCAAUGUUGCAGAAUCAGAUGAAGCAAGCGUGGAGCUUGGACAUGCUGGUAAGACUAAGAAAGGCAUCAAGGUUGCGGCAUCAGAAGAAGCAUGCGUGGAGUGUGUACUAUCCACUGAUAAGAGUAUGGAGUCUGUAUCAGACGAGGAACAUACUAGCAGCAGCAGACGUGGUGAAAGGACUGCAGGAUGUGCUCUGUCAGAGUCUGAUAGCGCAAAAGAUGAAGAAGGUACCAUGAAAGCAGAUUUUGACAGCUCAAAAACUGAGAAAGAAGGAUUGAUUGCAAUUGUAUCACCGGAAAGACCGAGGUUCAACGAGGGGGCCACUCGUAGUCGUAGGGCACCAAUUCCAGAUAUAGUUCCUGACAGCGACAGUGACAACGAGACCAAGAUGGAGGUCUUAAGAGUUUACAGAAGAAAAAGUGAACUCAUUAACUUGGAAUAGCUGACAUGAGGGGCCAAGCGCGGCACUUCCGUUGCGUUCCCAGGAAGGUGGGAAACAACGCCAGGUGCCCGCACUCUAUUUUGCGGUAAACCAAAAACCUAGCAUGCAGUCCGGGUCAUCCUCCUUUGCUCUCGGGCCCUUUGCUGGGCAUGGGUGUGGGCGUGGGAGACAUGUAAAGUGUACAGGUUAACCAUAUAGGUAGUAUCCAGGAUGGAAAUUGUGGGUGUUACACAUUCGAGGUUGGACACCCGCAAGUGGUUCAUCCAUUCCGUUCUGAGAUGAGCUAUUGAAAUACUAGCAAGGUUGAGGUUGUUCUCUUGAGCAAACCAGCAUGUGUAUUCUCCUCUAGCUUCGAUAACAUUUCUCUGGAUUUUUGGUUGUAGCUCUCUUGCUGUUGCAGUGCGAUGGCAUUGGUAGGUGCCGAGACUAGUAGAUGCUGAUUGGAAGGCUCAUGAAAGUGGUAUGGUUGGCAGAUGAGCAUCGUUGCUUGCCACCCCAACAACACCAUCGUGGCCUCGAUGGAUUGAUGUUGGCUCUCUUCAACUCGAGCCUUGUCUGAUGUACAUAUAUGUAAAGUCGGAAAAAUCCUGCAAUUAACUUGCGAUGACCUAGUCAGUAACAUGCAUUCAUGGCUGCCUUGGCUGGGUUGGGCUACA